AUGGCGGGUGGCACAGUCAAAUACAGACACCUCAGUCGAAACUCGUCCGCGCGACAGGCCCUGCUGCGCGGUCUCGUCACACAGCUCGUCCACCAUGAGCACCUCCAGACCACAUACGCCAAGGCCAAGGAGGCCCAGCGCGUGGCCGAGAAGCUUAUCACCUUGAGCAAAAAGGACAAUUCGACGAGCCGGAAAUCCGUCGAGGCCAUGCUCUACGAACCACACUCAUACAUGUCCAAAGUCUUUGGCGAGCUACGAAGCCGAUAUCUCACCCGCGAAGGAGGCUACACCCGUGUCGUGCGCACCGAGCCGAUCAAGAAGAAGGACGAUCAAGCCGAGGCGGCCAUUCUCGAAUUCGUCGACGGACCCAAAGACUCGCGCUUCAUGAUGACGGCCAAGACCGUCGCGCGCGACCGCCUCCUCCGCCGCGCCCCGACGUCCGUCACCGCCCUCAACGUCAAAAAGGUCACCCAGUUCCGCGGCACGCAGCCCUUUGAGGACAUGGUGCAGCGCUUCCUCCAGAGGCACACCGAGGGCAAGACCAGCCUCGUCGACAAGAUCCUGCACCAGACACAGUCCGCCAACCGGUCCGUGACGCCCAGGCCCCCCGCCUUCAAGAUCCCGGACACACAAGAGUACGUCUCCCGGGCGACGCUGCGGGCGCAGAAGCCCGUCACCCCCCUCGACGGCGAAGGGACGAACUUGGAGGCCGAGGGCGCGCAGGUGGCUGCCGAGGAGAAGCGGAGAACGGCGGCGUGGGCGGAGCAAAUCGUGCCCAAAUCAUUCAGGAAAGGCAAGGGGUCCAUGGCGUGA